GUAAUAUAAAACUCGUUUUUACGCAUAUUUUACAGAUGCAAAGGAAAGCAUUGUCCGGAAAAAAAUGAUUGCCCUGUUGAAUACUCUUUUGAUCAAGUUCGAGAGAAGUUAAAUUUGCGUCGUCGACAUGAUGGGAAUGGCUACUUUGUCGAAGUCUACCGCAGCACCGAAAACGUAACCACAGAGAAAGGUGAACGAGACGCUGCAAGCCACAUUUACUUCAUGGUAGACACAAGUUCUCCUGCUCAUCUCUACCGCCUUCUGCGAUCGGACGAAUUAUAUCAUUUCUACAUGGGAGAUCCGGUAAUCAUUGCUGAGCUCGAUGAGAGCGCUUCUGGUCAAGUUGUUGAGACUGUGUUAGGAGACGAUAUCUUCUCUGGUCAAAACAUUACUCACGUUGUGACGCGAAACACGUGGUUUGCUGUGUACUUGAAGGAAGGCGGGCCGUGCGGGUGGUCUCUGGGCGGAGUGACUAUGAGCCCUGCUUGGGAUUUAGAGGAUCAGCCAGAUACUAACAGGACCGAGUUGCUGGCCAUGUUUCCUCAAGCAAGACAAAGCAUUAUCAGUCUCACACUAAACAGCGAUCCCGAGUAACAACAAUUUGUAUUGCACCGUGAUACCGUAAUACAGUUGGACAAAGACUUUGCUUCGAUAUAUCACAGUAGUCUGACUGGAAAGAAUCAGUUUUGUUUCGAUUUUGCACAGACUUGUACUUGUGCCUAUGUUCAUCAAAUAUAUGUAAAAGUUGUGUUCAAAUACAUUUUCAAUAAUUAAG